CUCCGCGGUUAGCCCGGGGCGUUUGCUGCCCAGGCCCUGGAGCCUUUCUGAACCUGAGGAUUUAAGGAUACGCGACAGGCGAGGGAGGCCGGAAUGAUUUCUUCGCGGAACCAUUGAGGCGAGGCGUCUGGGAGCGUUUUGAGGGAGGGACCGUGGCGGGUCCGCCUAGGCGUGCAAGGAUGGCGGCGGAGAAGACUGAUGCGGGGCCGAGGGCCGCGGUCCCUGUGGAUCUGCGGCGGGAGCGGCGCUUGGUGUGCGUGGAGUACCCGGGCGUGGUGCGCGACGUGGCCAAGAUGCUACCGACUCUGGGCGGCGAGGAAGGCGUCUCCCGAAUCUAUACAGACCCCACCAAGAGGCUGGAGCUGUACUUCCGACCCAAGGACCCAUACUGCCACCCAGUGUGUGCCAACAGGUUCAGUACCAGCAGCCUGCUGCUCCGGAUCAGGAAGAGGACCAGGCGGCAGAGAGGGGUGCCGGCGGAGGCCUACUCCAAGGUCGAGUUUGACAUGGAGAUCCUGGGCGUCGUCUCUACCAUUUACAAAUUUCAGGGAAUGUCUGACUUCCAGUACUUGGCCAUACACACGGAAGCCAGCGGUAGGCACAUGUCGAUGUAUGACAAAGUGCUCCUGCUCAGGCCCGAGAAGGAGGUGUUCUUCCACCAAGAGCUGCCGCUCUACAUCCCCCCACCCAUCUUCUCCCGCCUGGACACCCCAGUGGACUACUUCUAUCGACCUGAGACGCAGCACCGGGAAGGCUACAACAACCCACCACUCUCAGGUGAGAACCUGAUCGGCCUGAGCAGAGCCCGGCGCCCCCACAAUGCCAUCUUUGUCAACUUCGAGGACACAGAGGUGCCUGUGCAGCCACUGGAGGCUGCUGCGCAGACAUGGAAGAAGAACUGCACCAACCCCGCAGACCGGGAGGUGGAGGAGGCGCUGAGGAAGCUAUUUGACAUCCGUCCCAUCUGGUCACGAAAUGCUGUCAAGGCCAACAUCAGUGUCCACCCUGACAAGCUCAAGGUCUUGCUUCCCUUCGUGGCUUACUACAUGAUAACGGGGCCCUGGAGGAGCCUGUGGAUUAGAUUUGGAUAUGACCCCCGAAAACACCCAGAGGCCAAGAUUUACCAAGUCCUCGACUUCCGACUCCGCUGUGGGAUGAAGUAUGGAUAUGGCUCCGGUGACAUGCCUGUCAAAGCAAAGCGCAGCACCUACAACUACAGCCUUCCCAUCACUGUCAAGAAGACACCCACCCAGCUUGUCACCAUGCAUGACCUGAAGCAAGGCCUGGGCCCGUCAGGGAUAGCCGGCCCCCGGAAAUUGGCCUCCAACAAGUACAAACUCAAGGACUCAGUCUACAUUUUCCGGGAGGGGGCCCUGCCGCCCUAUCGACAGAUGUUCUACCAGCUGUGUGAUUUGAACGUGGAGGAGUUGCAGAAGAUCAUUCACCGCAAUGACGGGGCAGAGGACUUGUGCACAGAGCGGGAUGGGUGGUGCCUCCCCAAGACUAGCGAUGACCUGAGGGACACCAUGUCCAUCAUGAUUCGGCAGACCAUCCGCUCCAAGAGGCCUGCACUCUUCUCUAGCCCAGCCAAAGCUGACUGUGCAAAAGGGCAGCUGAUGUUCGAGUCUGGGGAAGAUGAAGAGGAGGAAGAGGAAGAGGAAGAAGAAGAGGAGGACUUCAAGCCCUCAGAUGGGAGUGAGAACGAGAUGGAGACGGAGAUUCUGGACUAUGUGUGACAAGACCCUCAUCCCCAGGCUGACCAGGGGACUGGUGUCCAUCCUGGUGUGGGAGCCAUAGCAAGCUGUGGUCCCCACUGUCAUCCACAGUAGCAAGGCUGGCCCCAGAGGCCCCUCUGAGGAAAUCGGGAGUCCCAGGAGGACAGGCCCUGGCCCUGGCUGUGGCCUCUUGCUCCGUGCUACCCUUUUCUCUGGAUGUUUGGAGACAUUCCUGGCUUCACGCACUCAUAACACAGGCCUGAGUUUGGCAGGCUGAACUGGUGCUCACGACCUCUGGCUGAGGGAGAGCCAGCGGUGGAGAUGUGCACUGGCACAGCCCGUCCCAACAGGGGCCUCGUGACUGGUGGCAGAGAUAGGUACCGCAGUCCACGUCACAGAUGGCCAAAGACUGCCCUCGGGGCUCCCAUAGUGCAUCAGUAGUUCCUUCACUCACCCGGUGAAGUGCUGGUAGUGCUGGGACAUUGGCACCGGCCUAAGCCCCUUGUUUGGGUGAGAUGAGGACAUUGGGAGUAGCCCAAGGCUAGGCUUGUUCCUGACUUCCAAAUGGAUAUGAUCUUCAGAAGUUCCCAGAAAGAGUUCUUAUUGUGUCACAGCUUCCCCGUGUGGACUCUCCUGUCCCUGCAGAGCCCGCCUCCUGUGCCCCAGGGCAGCAACACCAAGGCCCUGAACUGGAUGGGCCUUGGCCUGCUUUUCUGAGUCCCUUCAGCAGCAUGGCAGGCAAAAUAGAGACACAUUAGUCUCAAAACCAAAGGCCUCAGACCAGCCCCAUCCUGCUGACCAAGUUCCUGGGAAGCCCCCUCCCAUGACAACAUCAGGAACCCAGUGGCUCAGCCCAAGUGGCUAGGCCUGGGAGCCAGCUGCGCAGGGUAAGCAGGCCAGGUGGCCCACUCCCUGCAGCUGGGAGAAGCUCAGUCCAGAGGCGGAGAUGGCCCCUGCCUAAGGAUAGGCCGCCCAGGCCUGGCCUGGCCCCUCGCCACAGUUUCCCUCAGGAGCAGCUGGUCUCUGCCAGGUCUCCGCUGGGGCCACUCCCGCUUCCUCUGCAUCACUAACCCCAGUCCUCAGGGAGGGCCUCUGGGUUCUGGUCCCAUCUUCCCAGGAGCACCUUGGUCCCUGUGCAAAUCUGGGGAGGUGCUAGGACAACUAGGUGCCAGCACAACUAGGCCUUACCCUCCUCCCCCAGAGACUAGGACAGGGCUGGUCCUGCCUCAGGUCUGCCAGACUAGAAGGGCUUCCCAAGGUCUAUCAGAUUGCGAGAGGUAUGGUGGCUUCUUCCUCCCUUUUAAUAAACCUUGCACUAUGAGAAAUGUCA